CAAAGAAAGAUGGGGGCACCCUGGCAGAGGGAACAGCCAAUGCAAAGGCCCUGGGGUGGGAAGGCGCUUGCCAGAGAGCAGGGAGGAGGGCUGGAGGGUGCCUUGGGGGAAGGAAAGGAUGUCAAAGACGUGAUAGAGGCCUUGCAGGGGAAGGAGAAAGAGGAAGGGGAUGGGAGUGAUGGAUUAGGAAGGAGAGAGGGUAGAGGGUGAGACAAACUGGGGAAGAGAAGAAAGAGGGUGAAGUAGGGAGGAGGAGGAAAAGGAGAUAGAAAUGGAAGGAGUCCAGGAGGAGGUGAAGCUAGUGACAGCGAAGGGGGGGGAGGAAGUUUAAUUCUUCGAGGCUGUCGCCUGAAUAUAAUUCACGUUGUAAGAUCGCCCCCUGGCGACCCACUGGAGAACAAGCAGGGAGAUGGGGCCGGUCCACCCUUGGGUCUAAGGUCUGGUGGCGUCAGAGUUGGUCACAGAAAGUGUGACAGCCUGACCCAGACCUUUAGUCUUCCAGUCACAGUUUCUCCAUGAACAGAACUAGGGGACAAUAUGCUCCUAGUCCCUCGCCAGGCGCCCCCUAUGCUGAUGGUGCUUUGCCUGGAUGUGCUGAUGUGAUUGUCACUAAGCCCUAAGGACCUACUGCCAUCUCCACUUCACAGAGGGCAAACUGAGGCUCAGAGGAUAGCAUGCAGAAGGCAGAAGCAGCCCUGGCUGGUGUAGCUCAGUGGAUUGAGCGCAGGCCUGCGAAUCAGAUGAUCGCGGUUUGAUUCCAGUCAGGGCACAUGCCUGGGUUGCAGGCCAGUUCCCAGCAGGGGACGCAUGAGAGGCAACCAUACAUUGAUAUUUCUCUCCUUCCUUUCCCCUCUAAAGAUAAAUAAACAAACAAACAAACAAAUAAAUAAAUAAAUGCCAAGAUUUAAAAAAAAAGAAGGCAGAGGCAGAACCGGAACUCAGAACCCCAGUCCUGUCCUAGGCUCCAGUGGCCUGGUUUGGCCAUGGUGGAGACCCAGCUCCUCCCAAAGGACUUGGAACACACGCCCUGGCUGGGCGGAACUUCGGGUGUCCCUGGUGUUCCAAGGUGCCAAUUAAAUGCUCGUGGCUGUCUGGGCUGGAGCUGUGGACGGCAGCAUGGCCGAGCCAGGGCCAGAGCCAGGACAUGCUUGGCGGCUGCUCGCCCUGUGUGGGGCUGCUGUGUUCCUGGCAGCAGCUUCUGCUGGGGCAGCCCUACUGGCUUGGAAUCUGGCUGCUGCAGCCUCCAGGGGGUCUCGCUGCCCAGAGCUGGAGCCAGAGGUCAAUGCCACGGUGUCCCCCAGGGACCCAGUGCCAGAAGUCCAGGAGCUUCAGCGAAAGCUGGCGGAGGCUGCCCAACGAGAGAAGGCUCUGGCCAGGCAGCUGGACCAGGCUGAAGGUAUCCAUCGGGAGCUGGAGGAGGCUUUAAGGGCCUGUGAGGGCCACCAGAGCCAGCUUCAGACCCAGCUGAUGAUACUGAAGAUUGAGAUGGAUGAGGCCAAGGCACAGGGGACUCAGAUGGGGGCCGAGAACGGGGCACUGACAGAAGCCCUGGCGCGAUGGGAGGCUGUGGCCACUGAGUCAACCCGGCUGCUGGAAGAGGAACAGCGGCGCGCACGCGCAGCCGAGGCCGAGGGCGGAGCCUGCGCUGCCCGGGAGGCGGUGCUGCACGAGCGCGUUAAAGCUCUGGAAGCCGAGAUGGACCAGCGCAGAGUGCCGCACACCCGGGCCCGCUCUGGGUCCCGACCCCGGCCCAGCGCCCGCUCUCGCUCUCGCUCUCGCCCCAGACCCUCUGGGGGCUGCCGUCGCACCCGAGGGUGAGUCAGCUUCCCGCAGGCUGUGGGCUCCAGGGCAAGACAGACACUGUACGGCCCCGAGUGCACAUGUAUAGAGAUGCUCACGCUGGAUGAGGUGCCCAGUCGAUAUCCAUCAACGCUCAGCUUUAGACCAGCUGCUGUGAACAGAGACGAGAAGGAGACUCGACGCUCUCUCCCCAACCAUCUUGUGCUUGCAUUCUACAAACAAGAAAGAGGCCCAUUUAGUCACCCAGUGAGAUCAUGCUGAUGUGGGACUUUAAGUCCCCUCGAAGGAUAGCGUUGCCCUCAUCCCACAAACAUGGGGAUUUAGGGUCCAGCCUUGGCUUGGGAGUGACCUGAAGAGGUCAGUUCUUGGGCCUCAGUUUUGUAAAAUGAGUGAUUGGAAUCGCGUUUAGAGAGCUGGCUUCUCUUUGACACCAAAAACUGACAAAAGAGCACAGUAAGAAAACGACAGACCACUCUUCUUCUAAGAAUGGUACGAAACUCCCACAUGGAAUUUUAGCAAAGAGAACUGAGUAAAAUAUGCCACACACACACAAAAAGGUGGUUUAUGCCUGAGAUGCAGGGACGGUUCAGUAUUCAGAAGUUUGUUAAUAAAAUUCACCAUAGUAAUGGAUUAAAUGAGAAAAAAGUUCUGGAAAAAAAGCCAUUAAAUUCAGGGACAAGGUAAGGAGAACCACUAUCAAGUAUUUACUAUGGUUUUGGGGGUGCUAGCCAAUGCAUUUAGACAAGAAAAAGAAACAAGACAAUUAUUAUAAAAGAGGAAGGUAAUUUAUAGCUUGAUAAGAGAGCACUGUUUAUACAGAUUUUAAAAAAAAUUGAAAUAACAAUUUCAUGUGGCACAACUUCAUGUCAUUUUUGUUUUAUAUUUAUAUUUCACAUAACUUCAGACUUACGGAAAAAUUGGAAGAUGAGUACAAAGAACUCCUGUGCACCCCUCACCCAGAUUCCACAGAUAUUAACUUUUACCACCUUUGCACGA